UGUGAUUAUGGAAAUGUUUGCAGAAAGUACUAGUACUUCCUUAUCUAAUGAUGCUCCCAAUUUUUUGGAGUCAAUCCAAGAUUAUCUACUCGAAGAUGAUUUUGAAACCCUAACAAAUACUACUUCACUACAUACUUUUCUUGAAGAUGAUUCUGAAACCCUAACAAAUAUUUCACAGCAUACUUUUCCUGAACAUGAUCUUGAAAACCUGACAAAUACCUCACUAGAUAUUUUACUUGAAGAUGAUUCUGAAACCCAAACAAAUUACUCACUACAUACUUUUCUUGAAGAUGAAAUUACCCAAACAAAUACCUCACUAGAUAUUUUACUUGAAGACGAUUCUGAAACCCUAACAAAUACUUCACUAGAUGCUUUACUUGACGACUGGCUGCAGUUAGAUUCGACGAUCGAGGAAACUACAGCAUUGCCACCUAAUGAUAGUGGUCUCCGAGAAGCAGUCGCAAACGAAAAACAGGCACCGUCCAAGGGCUUGAAAUUUAAGGGUGUAAGGAGGAGGCCUUGGGGCAGUUACGCGGCGGAGAUCAGAGAUCCGAAGAGACAUGGAGCUCGAAUUUGGCUUGGUACUUACAAGACACCGGAAGAUGCAGCAAUAGCUUACGAUAGAACCGCUUAUAAAAUGCGCGGUCCAAAAGCUAGGCUCAACUUUCCUCAUUUAAUGGGCUCGGAUGAUUAUGUUCCGGUUAGAGUGACUAACAAACGUAGCUCGCCGGAACAAUCUCCUUCUUCGUCGAGUUCGACAUCUUCAUUGGAGCUGCAGGAUGGUGACUCUACAAAGUCCAAGAAGAAAAUUAAAACUGUUAAUUUAAUAGCUAAUGCUCUAGCACAUAAUGUUCACCAGAUUACCCAAGUCAUCAAUAAUUUAGCCAAUUCAACUCUAAGUUAGC